AUGUCAACUACUACUCAAACUCCAACUGUCUUAUGGGCUCAACGUUCAUCUGAAGACGAUGCUUCUAAGAAUAUUAUUUAUUUAACAAUUGAACUAUUAGAUCCAAUUGAUUUAAAAUUAGAUUUGAAACCAGAUUUUUUAACCCUAAGUGCUAAAUCAAAUGAUUCUAAAAUUGAUUAUCAAUUAAAGAUUGAUUUUUUCAAAGAAGUCGAUCCUGAUUUAUCUAAAAUAAAUACUGAAAAUGGAUCUCAUAUAUUUAUUGUUUUACGUAAAAAGGAAAAAGCUGAAGAAUAUUGGCCAAGAUUAACCAAAGAAAAAUUAAAGUAUCAUUAUAUCAAAACUGAUUUUGAUAAAUGGGUAGAUGAAGAUGAACAAGAUGAAGUUGCCGAAGACGAAAAUGAUGGUAUGCCAGCUGGUGGUCCAGGUGGUUUAGAUUUCUCUCAAAUGUUGAGUAGUAUGGGAGGUGCUGGUGCUGGUGGUUUAGGUGCCUUGGGUGGAUUAGGUGGUGCUGCCGGAGGAUUAGGUGGAUUAGGCGGUGCCGAAGGUGCUGAUCUUAGUGCAUUGGCUGCUCAAUUGGGUCAAGUUGGUGAUUUACAAGGUGCUAAUGCUGCUUCUGGUGGCGAUGAAGAAGAUGGUGAAGAACAAGAAGAAGCAGAUGCUACUAAAUAA